CGUCAUGUGAUACGCGAAAAAGUGGCGAAAACAUAACAAAAACCGCAAUUACGAAACGCAACGCAAUGCAAAAGGCGCUGCCCGUACCGAUAUGCCUGACCAGAACUGGGCUUGGACAUGGAUGGUGGUUACCCAUGCUGCUGAUGCUGCUAAUGGCGCUGACGCCGUUGCACGGCAAUGACGAAGGGCAUCUGAGUAAGCGCUACUCGGACCAGAGUGUGCACGGUUACAUGACUGAGCGCACCUGCUGGUGGAAUGAGGUGUGCAAAGAGGAAUUUCAGAAUCUCUUUCGCUGCAAAUGCCCACAGUACUCCUACUGCCGCUCGCCAGGACGAUAUUACAAUGCAUAUUGCUCCAUGACGGACACCGGCUAUAUCUGGACCCAAAUGGCGUUGGGCACCGUUGAGCGUUGAGCGCGUGACGUCAAACAUAUCGCAGCAGCAGCAGCAGCAAUAACAAAAGCAAUAACAACACUAAAACGAAAACGACAAGAGCACCAACCGCAGCUACACUGACUGUUGAAAGUAUGCAACCAGUUACCAAGUGGCCUACAACUUAAUAUUCUAAACAAUCGAAUGCCCAUUUGUUAACACUAAAGUAGACUAAACACACUAAUAAUGCGAGAAUACUUAAUAGUAUUAAUAAAUUGAUUAUAAUUAAAACAAAUAUCCACACGAAAUAAAUAUAAACUCGAUUUAUUUCAAAUCACUUUGAACGAGCCUUGUACACAUUCAUGCAACUGUGAGUGUAUUUGUAUGUUGUGUUGUCGAUUUGUGUGAAUAUUAAACACAAAAACAAAUAAACAUUCGCACUUAGCCGCCA